AGCAAAUAGUAUUUGAACUUAACCGUGGCAUGUCAGGUCUUGAUAUCCCAGCGGAUUUGUUUAAAAAGUUGGUUAGUAUUCUAACCACUUGGCUAAAAACAUUAGAUGAAUUUACUAAGAAAGAAGAAGAGUUCGUUAAUACUUCACGAAAUUUACGAAAUCCUAGUGUCGAUCCCAAAUACUGGGCUACAACAAGUGAAUUAGCGUACUCAGUGGGGAAUAUAUGCGAAUGUUAUGUAUAUAUUUCUAAUCUUAAUAUUUAUAUCUCAAACUUAGAAAAACACAAACCAACAAUCACUCCUGGAACCUUUGAAAAAGUAAGGGUAAUUUCCGAAUGUAUUUUCUAGAAUUUUUGGCAUACUACCCUCUAUAAACGACAUUUUUGUUGAGAGGGAAGAAAUUCUAAAAGAAAUCAACCGGAAAUGUCGAAAAAUUCGGAAACCAGAACUCCCAGAGAAUGGAAAUGAAAUUUCAGGAAGGAAUAAAAAGAUUUCACAAUCAGUUGAUUCGUUAACAAGUCGUUUACACGCUAUUGAAUACAUAAUAAACGUCAAUUUGGUAGAUCUCACUUCAACGUUAGAAGUGUUUUUAUCGUCAUCCUUCCAUCACUGAUAAUUUAUUUCAAAGAAAGAAUAUUGUUAGAACGUUAUGUUUAGUGACUAAAUGCAUUUUUAUGUACCGGCCACGUAUUUUAUCUGAAGCCAAACAAAUAGUACACAGUUAUUUAGACCAAAUGAAGCUCAUCUCGAUUGCACUUACGAAUUUUUCCAAAAAGCAUCGAUAGUCAAUCAACAAAUGUCAGAUUUAUUGAAUACUGGUGAAAGUGAACUCAGUCUGUUAGAUAAAAAAAUGGACGAGGAUAUGAACUCCAUAUACAAGCUUUUACAUCUUAAAUCUGAAAAAUAAUUAAUUCUUGAUUUGUUGACAUUUUGUUGAUUCAUCUUCAUCUUGUUCAGUUCUAUUUUCCUCAGAAUUUUAUUGGUAUGGUGCAAUCUAAUUUGUUUUUUUUUUAUUAAAUACAAUUAUUUUAAAAG